CAUUUAAAUAACGGACCAAAUACGUUCCCAUCUAAGACGCUCUCCCACUGGCAGGGAGCAUGUCGGCUGGCUGACAAACGAGGCCGAGCCGACACGGUCCGAAACAACUCGCUGAUGUGCUCUCCACACAGCGCUGGACGUACUACAAAUUAUUUGGUGUUGCGCCAGGUGUCUGUUGGCAUUCUGAACCAAUUGCAACUAUGAACGAACGAUGUGAAAUAAUUUGGACUUGUCAUUGCGUUUUGACACGAACCGGAGACAGUGUCGCUUAGACAUGUGCUAUGUUCACAUACGUAUAUAACACGAGUUGAAUCCAUUGUAAAGUCCCAUGCAAUAGUCACCUUACUGCACACCACACUGUAUCAACCAUGUCCGUCAAAACAGAGUUCGACCCCAAGAACAUGCCCUUCCGCCGUCUGGGCCCCAGCGGCCUACGGGUCCCGGUAUUCUCACUUGGUGGAUGGCUGACGCUGGGAGGAACCGUUGUUGGUGACCCUGUCAAGGAAAUCGUCAAAGUUGCCUUCGAGCAUGGUAUCAACAUGUUUGACACCGCUGAGGGCUACGCAAAGGGUCACUCCGAAGUUGAAAUGGGUCGCGUCAUCAAAGAACUUGGCUACCGUCGCUCCGAUUUGGUCAUCACCACAAAAUUGUUCUUUGGUACCCGUACCGGUCCGAACGACACUGGUCUCUCCAGAAAACACAUUAUUGAGGGUACCCAGGAGUCACUGAACCGCCUUGGCCUUGACUAUGUUGAUGUCCUCUUCGCACACAGACCUGAUUAUACAACACCCAUGGAGGAGAUUGUCCGCGCUUUCAACUAUGUCAUUGAGAAGGGCUGGGCAUUCUACUGGGCCACGUCAGAAUGGUCUGCAAGGGACAUUGAGGAGGCUCACCACGUCGCUGAGAAGCUUAACCUGAUCCCUCCCAUUGCUGAGCAGUGCCAGCACCACAUGUUCCACCGUGAACGCCCCGAAAAGGAAUACGCACCUAUCUACAAGAAAUAUUCCAUCGGGACCACCGUUUGGUCUGCAUUGGCUAGCGGCCUCCUCACCGGGAAGUACAACAAUGGUAUCCCGGCAGAUUCGCGGUUCGCUGCCCACUCCGAUUUCUUCAAGGACACUAUGAAGAGCCUCAACGAGGAGGAGGGUCUCUCCAAGAUCAGCAAAGUCCAAGCGCUCUCCAAGCUCGCUGAGACAGAGUUAGGAUGUAGCGUCACACACUUGGCGUUGGCCUGGAUUGCAAAGAAUCCUAACACGAGCACCGUCAUCCUCGGCGCCUCCAAGCCUGAGCAGGUGGUCGAUAACUUGAAGGCACUGGACGUUAUUCCCAAGCUAACGCCUGAGAUCCUAGACAAGAUUGAGGCAAUCCUUCAAAAUAAACCUGCACCAACGCCUACCUUUGGCAGGCCAUCACUUGAUGCCUAUGGUCGUCUAUGAGGUCGAUGAUUUUCUGUCGGAUUUUAUGGUACGAAGGAUUGACAGCCAGACCGUGAAGCCGUAUAAUAGAUGAGUACACCUAGGACUUUAUAAGAUUCCAGGACGUAUAC